AUGCAAAGAGCUUAUUUAUAUUAAAUAGUGACUCAAUUCGAUAAUUAUUUAAUGAUCAAAAAAAUAUCAAAAUCAAAAACUAAAAAUUCAAAGCAUUAACAAACAAGCAAACAAUCAAUCAAAUUAAAUUAAGCAAAGAAAAAAAUCUUUUUAAAAUAAAUAUAAAUGGACUCCGCUACUUAAAACUAACACCAAAUUGAAUAAAGCGCCAAGCAAAUCGAAGGAACUUUUGAUAAAGUAAAAUCAUCUUUAAACACCUGCAACCAAGAUGACAUCCACCCCAUUUAAAAUAUCCUCUCUGCUGAGUUGAAGAGCGGAACUGAUGGUCGUGGCAAAAAAGCAAAUAUUUCUUCAGAUAUUCUUUCAAACAUCAUUUCUGGCACUUAAGCUGAGAAUCAAGUAGAAAGCUCUACUUCUACUUCAAGAAAAUUGACUUGCAAUAGAUAGUUAUUCUUGUGUUCUCCUGAUUUCUUAUAAUUAAAGUAUGUUAUCAAUCCUUGGAUGGAUCUUUCUGCUUAAUUCUCAGUAGAAAAGGCUAAAUAAUAAUGGGAAGAACUUGUCAAUACCUACAAGAGACUCGUCCCUGAAUCAGUUCACACUGUACCUCCCAGAGAGAAUUUAACUGAAUUAUGUUUCUUUGGUGACUCUGUCUUCGCUAUUAAUAAAAAGGCUGUCUUCGGUAGAUUCGCAACUAAUGAGCGUUUCCCCGAAACUGAAUAUGUCAUUGAAUACUUGCGCUCUUAAGGUUUCUAAGGUGAAAGAGUUCCUGAAGGAAUGCACUAUGAAGGUUCAGGUGAAACCAUGGUUUGGAAUGGUAAAAUCCUUGUAGGAUACGGCAAAAGAAACACCAAGGAAAUUGUUUCUUAUUUACAAACAGUUUACAGUGACAUGGAAGUAAUUGGAUUUUAACUUAUCGAUCCCGAAUUCUAUCACUUAGAUACUGCUAUGUUCCCUAUCAGUGAAAACUUGAUUGCUGUUUAUGAAAACGCCUUCUCAGAAGAAGCAAAGCAAUAAAUUAAAAAGCUUGGUUGUGAAAUCAUCUACCUUACCUACAAGGAUGCUAAGGAAUUCGCCUGUAACUCAACUGUUAUCGGCAAGCACGCUAUUGUUCAUUAUGAAGCAGAAAACUUUAUUAAUUAACUCAAAUAAAGAGGCUUCUAAGUUCACACUGUUGACGUAUCUGAAUUCAUAAAGUUUGGUGGUGGUCUCAAGUGCUUGACUUUCUAACACUACUUGCUUUGA